AUGCUUUGUUUUAGAUUUUUACUGUGUUUUUUACUGGUUGGAUCAGUUGUUACAGCAUGGAAUGAACAAAUUUCUGCUAUUGGUGAUCCUGGGAUGAGAAGAGAUGGUCUAAGAGUAGCCAUCGAGGCAUGGAAUCAAUGUAAUGAAGUUCAUAAAGAACUUCCCCAGAUGGGCAGUCCCAGGCAGGCAGAUUGCUUCGACAUCUACAAUUCUUCGUCUCAUCUGAAGUUGGUACAUAAGGUGAAUGAGAAGUAUAAUAAGCUGGGAAUAGCAAAUGCUAAAAGGCAGGGAUUAAAGAACAUAAAUGUUAAUCAAUAUGCAGCAUGGAAAGAGAGAUUCUUAGGGUACAAGUGUCAAGUUCAAGACAAACCUAACCCAUGGCAGUUCUGGAUGAUAAUGCUGAAGAGUGGCAAUAUGGAUACCCAAGCUGCUAUAUGCCCGGAAAACGGCAAGAAAUCGAAACCAUUUCCACCCGAGUCUCGAUUCCCUUGCUUCGGAAAAGGCUGUAUGAACAUGCCAAGAAUGUACCACGAUUACACACAAGUGCACCAUAAUCGAGGGGUACGAAGUCUAAGGGGAAGAUUUUAUGGAACUUGGGAUUUGGAUGCUGAUAUUAGUACAGCAUCGAGUACAAAUAAUACUUCAUAUUAUUCAGUUACUUGGAAGAAAGUUGUAGGAAAGGGAAGUUGGAUUUUUCAUCAUUUCUUGAAGACAUCACCAAAUUACCCAUGGCUAAUGCUUUACUUGAGAUCAGAUGCCACAAGAGGAUUCUCAGGAGGGUAUCAUUAUCAAACAAGAGGGAUGUCCAAAAUUGUGCCAAAAUCGCCGAAUUUCAAAGUGAAAUUCAGAUUGGAUAUAAAGAAAGGAGGAGGUCCAAAUAGCCAAUUCUACCUAAUGGACAUUGGUAGUUGUUGGAAGAACAAUGGCAAGCCAUGUGAUGGGGAUGUGACUUCAGACGUAACGCGAUACAGUGAAAUGAUCAUAAAUCCCGAUGCCACACCAUGGUGUAACUCGACCAAUAAUCUCCGGUUGUGCCCUCCUUACCACACUUUCGCCAAUGGUACUCGAGUCCAUCGUAACAACACGAUGCAUUUUCCUUACGAUGCUUAUCACGUGUAUUGCUCGCCGGGCAAUGGGAAGUAUUUGGAAGAACCAUUUAACUAUUGUGAUGCUUAUAGCAAUCCACAGCCUCAAGAAAUUCUGCAAAUUUUACCUCAUCCUGUUUGGGGAGAAUAUGGGUAUCCCACAAAAAAGGGUGAAGGCUGGAUUGGUGAUGGAAGAAGUUGGGAACUUGAUGUUGGGAGACUCUCUCAAUCACUUUACUUCUAUCAGGAUCCAGGGACUAAACCUGUGGAGAGACAUUGGACAUCAAUUGACUUGGGAACUGAGAUAUAUGUUAGUGGCAAUGAAGUUGCAGAAUGGACUGUUAGCCACUUUGACAUUAUUGUACCAGAGAAAUAUUAG